UCCGUCACUCCCGGGAGAUGGUGGCUCAUUAACCCAUUACCCGGGAGGUGGGGACGUGCCGGGAGGGAGCCGGGCGAGGAGAGCCGGGGGUGGGAGAGGCACAGCGGGCAGGGGAGGAGCCGUGCGGGGCCGGAGCGGCGGAGCCCGGGCAGGGACAGAGCGCUGCCCCGAGCGCGGCGGGCGAGCACGGCGGCGGCCACCGGGGCCACGCGUGGGGCGACCUCGCCGAGCCCAGCGGCCUCUCCCCACGCCAGGAUGAAGCGGCUCUGCGAGGAGAGCUCCUCCGACACGGAGUCUGACGGCACCAUCGACGUGGGCCGGGAGGAGGAGUACAGCCAUGUUUCCAGGUCUGUGUCUCCCACCACGACAUCUCAGAUACAAGCCAGGAAGAAGAGGAGAGGGAUCAUCGAGAAGCGGCGCCGGGACCGCAUCAACAGCAGCCUCUCGGAGCUGCGGCGCCUGGUGCCCACGGCCUUCGAGAAGCAGGGGUCUUCCAAGCUGGAGAAGGCAGAAAUUCUCCAAAUGACAGUGGACCACUUGAAAAUGCUUCAUGCCACAGGAGGAGCAGGCUUCCUGGAUGCCCGGGCUCUGGCUGUGGAUUACAGAAGCAUCGGCUUCCGCGAGUGUCUCACCGAAGUUGUCAGGUACCUGGGCAUCCUGGAGGGCCAGAACGCUGCCGACCCCAUCCGGCUGCGACUCCUCUCCCACCUCAAUAAUUACGUGGCAGAAAUGGAGCCUUCGCCCGUGGCCACGUCCCUGCUGCCCAUCCAGACCUGGCCCUGGUCCUUCCUGCACGGCGCCGCCGGGCCCGUGCAGAUCCCCAGGAGGGAGGCCGCUCCCGCUCCGGUUGUUUUGACUGCAUCUUCCCUGGCUUACCCCAGCCCUGCAGUGAGGCCGGCCCCUCUCCGCCGUGUCCCCGGUGAGAUGCUGCCAUCCCGCCGGAGCUUCCUGGCCAGCAGGAUGGGCUCCUCCAGCCGCAGGGCGCGCGGUGCCAGCUCGGCCGCAGCCGUGCCGGCCGUGCCCAGGAUGCCGUCGCCAGCGGGAGCGCUGAGAGAGGGCUCGUCCAAGAGCAGCCAAAUCGCCACAUUCCUCUUCUCCCCAGCCUCUGCCGGCAUCCCUGUGCCGCCGGCUUACGCGGCACCUCCCGUCUUGGGCGCUGCCACGCAGGGACCAGGGAUCAGGGUUGGGACAUCCAGGAUCUGCCGCUCCUGGGCGACGGAAAUUGGGGCUUUCUGACCCUCCCUCCGGAGACAGGAGUUCUCCAGCGCUCGUCGCCCGCAGGGCUGAGAACAAACUCGGUUGAAAAGGCAUCUCUCCUGCUUUGCAGAAGCCAAGGAUCCAUAGAGAAAAUUCCCUCUGCUCUUCCCUGCCUCCUUGCACCGCCCUCCUCGCCUCGCCAGCACAUGUCCUCUCCCUCGUGAUGCCUGCGAACGUAAAUCACAUCCAAUUCCACGCACUUGUCUGCACGAGGCCACGCUCCAGACCCUUCUGGAUACGAGGGAGGGGGCACACGCAGAUCCCAACCCCGUUCCUCCUCCAGCAAACCCCUCUGCAGAACCCAGCCUUGCUCUCCUCUGGAAAACAGCCAGCCUUGAAAUACUGUCUUUAUUUCCCCGGGGACUCGGAGCUGCCAGCCAGACUCGCUCGUGCCGACUCCCUGCGACGCAUCCCCCAGCUGCAGCACCUAAUUUUGGUGUGGUGGGAUGGACGCAGCUCACACCCCAUGCCCAGCACUGCUGGCACCCUCAAGGCAGGCUCCAGCCCCCCCAGAACUGGCUGCCUGCUAAUCCCUGUGCUUUCCUCUCUGCAUUACCAGCUUUUCCCACUUAUGUGCCCUUAAGGUGGAGUGAGGCAGCGGCUUAGCAGGGCUCGUUCCCACAGCCCGGCUGAGAUCCCGCCGUGCCUGCAGGGCCUGUGCUGGGUUUCCAGCACAAACCCUGCUGGAGCAGCCGGCCAGGCCGCCCGGGCACAGCCCCUGCCCCGCACCGAGGUGUGAAGAGGUGAGACAGAGGGAUUUCAAAGGGACGCCUGUCACCGAGGGGAAGGCUCUGACUGCCAAAGUGAGAAGAAAAUGCCUUUCCCUCUGCCAGCCUCCCUGCUGGAGCUGUCUCUCCUCCACCCCCUGCUGAACAGCCGUGACUGCAAAGGGGGAAAAUGGGUUGGAGCAGCCUGAGUUUGAAGUGCCUCCCUUGUUCUCCCUGAGCUCAGCAUCACUCACCCUCCCCUCCCACGAUGUCUCUGUUUUCUUUCUCCAGCACUAUGUUUGGGUCUCACACCUGUCAUCCCCCUCCCUGGGCCGGGACCAAAACCCACUGAGGUGUCACUGCACUUGUCCCGAGUCCUGAGAGCUCUCCCUGCCUUGCCCUGUGUGCCCCUAGAUGACUGUCACAGCAGAUCACACCUCUGCUCCUGCAGCUGGCCUCCCCUCCUCUCCUCUGUGGGCAGAAAGAACAGAAGCUCGAAGCUUUCAAGCCACCCUGCCCCUGUGCCACAUCCCGUGGUGGCAGGCCAGGGUGUCCCAGUGCUCCCCUCACCUGAACAGCUCCCUGCAUUUGUGCCUUGACUUGCUGGGACACACGUGCAGAAUGUUCUGGACCCAGCUGCAUGCCCAGCCCUUGCCCACCUCUCCAGCACUCCGACAUGGAAAGAGAGAAGAGGUCAGCGCAAAGAAAGGUAAAAAAGAGGGAGAAGAUCUCUUUUGAAUGGGAGAAGCUCUUCCCAUGCCUCAGGUCAGAGGUGCAGCCGGUUGGGCUGUGUGGAUGAGCUGUUGUUUUCCUUCCUGCAGAUGGUAUCUGCCAUGUGCAUGUCAAUGUAUGUAUCUGCCAUUGUUUGGGAACGAGUCCCUCCCAGUUGUUUUGGUGGAAGUCAUCGCAAUUAACGCACAGAAAUGCCUCUGCUGCUUCUCACCCUUGUCCUCAAGUGCUGGAAUCAGCCAGGAACAACAUAUUCCCUUUUAAUAAAGUCACAGGAGGGAAAUCCUCGUGGAGCCUGGCUGUUCCUGCAGCUGGUUUGUGCACUAGAGCUCACGGCCUCACUUCACACUGUGCAGUGCUCUUAGAUUCACCAGCUGUGACAUCAGCAAAGGUGUCAAAUAAAGUCUUUCAAACCCCUGU